UACAGAGAGGAGCGUGGUGGUCUGGUACGGCGUAGAGACAGAGAAGACUUGGAGACAGACACCGAGCCCGGACCUCAGCGACGAGGAUGGAAUGGCCCCUGUCCGAGAACUUCGCCUGUCCAGGGGCUCCAUACACCCGGGCGGGGCCACCCCUCACAUCAAGGACGCAUUUGGUCCAAGGACACAAAAUACCAGCCGCGAAUGGGCUGGCACUCCAAUACCAGACACAGUAUCCAUACCUGAAUUCAAAUCAUUUGAUCAGUCAGAAGAUACUGUACCUGAAGACACAUCUGGUGGAAUUCCUACUCUAGAAAAAAAUAAUGACAGGGACAGUUUGUUUUUCCGAGAUGGAAAAAGAAGGAUAGAUCUCAUUAUUGUCUAUGAAGAAGAUGAUAUUGAUCUAGGUGUUCUUUCAGAAAUUGAAACUAUAAGGAUGGAAACAAGGAGACAGUUCAAUAAAAAUUUAGAAAAAGAAGGACUUGAGUUAGAGCUUGAAAGCAAGCAGGCAUCAUAUGAUCAGAAGACGUAUUUCCUGAAAGUACAUGUCCCAUGGAAAGUGUUAACACGCUAUGCAGAAGUUAUGAAUAUGAAAAUGCCUAUCAAGAGGUUCCUUUCAAUAUCAGUGAAAGCUUGGGAAGGUGAAGAAAAAGUAGCUCCAGUGCCGGAACCUUAUACAUUCCCAUUGGCAAAAAUUUUUGAAUUGGAUCCGAAGGUCAUAGCUGAAGAACCAUCAUUUUACACAGCAACUUUCAGCAAAGACCGAGAGGAACAGUUUGUAGUGAAAGACAGAGAAUCAUUCUUUACAUCAGCGCAAAGAUCACAAAUUGCUUGGCAGAUUUUGCUUAGGACUAAAUAUGAUGAGGAUAAAAAGAUGGGUAUUCGGCGAUUACUUAACAAUGGAACUUACUUGUCAGUCUUUCCAUUACAUGAAGGUAGUUAUGAGCAUGAUGCAGCAGAUGGUGUUGUAUUCGAUAGACGACUUCUGUAUCUUGAAUGGGCUCGAAUAGGAAGAUGUUAUAAGAAACAACCACUUUGGCUGGUUCGAAAAUAUUUUGGUGAUAAAAUUGCAUUGUACUUUGCAUGGCUAGGUUUUUACACAGAGAUGUUAAUAGCACCAGCUAUUGUUGGACUUUUGUGUUUCCUAUAUGGUUUGUCGUCAAUGGAGUCUGAUGACAACAUACCGAGCAAAGAAAUCUGUGAUAAAAAUGGACCAGGGAAUAUAACAUUAUGCCCUCUGUGUGAUAAAGUCUGCGAAUACCAGCAGUUAUCAGCCUCCUGCCUCUUCUCAAGAAUUACUUACUUGUUUGAUAAUCCUGCUACAGUAUUUUUUGCAAUAUUUAUGUCUUUUUGGGCAACAACAUUUCUUGAGCUUUGGAAAAGGAGGCAGGCCGUAAUAGCUUGGGAAUGGGAUCUUCAGUAUACAGAAGAGGAUGAAGAACCGAGACCAGAGUUUGAACAAACUGUAAACACAUUCAGAACAAACCCAGUAACAAGGCGAAAAGAACCAUAUAUGCCUCCAAUGCAGAAAGCUUGGAAAUUUGUAAUUACAAUAUCGACAGUAUUUUUUAUGAUCUUAGUUGUAUGCGCUGCAGUAUUAGGAACAAUUGUUUAUAGAUUAUCUGUUGUAACUGUGAUCUAUGAAGGAGGUAAUUCAUUUGUCAAGCGACAUGCAAAAAUUUUCACAUCAAUUACAGGGGCAUUGAUCAAUCUUGUGAUAAUUAUGAUUCUAACAAGAUUUUACCAUUUCCUGGCAGUGUGGUUAACAAAUCAAGAAAAUCCAAGAACACAAACAGAAUAUGAAGAUUCAUAUACAUUCAAAAUAUAUUUCUUUGAAUUCAUGAAUUACUACUCAUCUCUCAUAUACAUUGCUUUUUUCAAGGGAAGGUUCUAUAGUUAUCCGGGAGAUCGAGAGUUUAGGAACUCUGAAUUUACAAGAAUCAAAGGAGAUGUAUGCGAUCCUGCAGGCUGUCUGUUUGAAUUAUGUAUACAACUUGCUAUAAUUAUGGUUGGAAAACAAUUUUUUAAUAAUUUCCUAGAGUUGGCCUAUCCAGCAAUGAUCAAUUGGUGGAGAAGAAGAGCACACAAAUCAGUAACAAAAGAUCAUACCAGGGCCUACACCCGUUGGGAAGAAGACUACCAACUUCAAGACCCAGGACGCCUAGCACUGUUUGAAGAGUAUCUAGAAAUGGUUCUGCAAUAUGGGUUUGUAACCUUAUUUGUGGCUGCGUUUCCAUUAGCUCCAUUAUUUGCAUUGCUCAAUAACAUAUGGGAAAUUAGAUUAGAUGCUUUCAAGAUGGUGGCACAAAGCAGAAGACCACUGGCUGAAAGAGUUGAGGACAUAGGAGCUUGGUAUGGAAUCUUACAAGGAGUAACUUACUGCGCUGUAGUGUCAAAUGCUUUUGUUAUUGCAUACACAAGUGACUACAUUCCUAGAAUGGUAUAUAAAUUGGUUUAUUCGCCGACAUAUAAUCUAGUUGGUUAUAUAGAUUCCUCUCUUUCAGUUUUUAAUACAUCAGAUUAUACGGACAGCAUGGGUGCUGAUAGAAAUAGGAAUAAGCCACCUCCAGAAACUUGUCAAUACCGUGGCUACCGCAAUGGCCCAGAAGACGCCCAUGAUCCGUAUGGUCUCUCUCCUCAGUACUGGCAUGUUUUCGCUGCAAGAUUAGCAUUUGUAGUCGUGUUUGAGCACAUAGUUUUUGCUUUGACUGGAAUAAUGGCAUACACAAUACCUGAUGUUCCAUCUGAGAUUAAAACACAAAUAAAAAGAGAAAGACUGUUGGCAAAAGAAGCUAAAUAUGAGCAUGGAAUAAAAAAAUCAGAAGAUGAAGAUGAAUAUGAUGAAAUCCUUACAGCACUUAGAGACUCACACAAUACAAGUAGGCUUAGUGAUGUUAUCAAAAGAGGAUCGAGGAGGCAGAGUAGACAAUCCGGACAUGAAGAUCUUGAUGAGCAAACACACAAAAAGACAAUCAAUACCUCGACAGUUUGGGAGGUACCAUAG